GAAGCUAAUUGGAAUCUUCCGAGCAUCUAUGGUGAGUAGUAGAUUCUCUCACAAGUCGUUUCGGUCUGUAACCACAACCACCAACUGGGUUUGACUUUGACUUCUCUUACUCGUGAUCAUUCCAGCCUGAUCCAACCAGCUUAUGAUUCUGUCUCUGUUCUUAGAGCCCCUUGAGCCACACUGAUCAAUCUCCGGUCAGUGGGUGGUUCUGGUGGAAAAUUCCGAUCCCAUUGCCAGAAAAUUCUCCGAUUCAACUGUACAUCUUACCUGUUCUUCCUUAUUUAAUCUGGAAAAACCUAACUUCCGGGCAGUAUAUAAUGCUUGAUUGCUUCAUAGGUUCCCAUGUCAAUACUAUGUUGUGUUCCCGUACUUGAAUGUGUAUAUUGCCUGGGUUGUGCCCAUUGGUUGUGGAAGAAAUGUCUAUACUCAGCAGGUCACGAGAGCGAGAAUUGGGGUUUAGCCACAUCAGAUGAGUUUGAGCCCAUCCCUAGGCUCUGCCGCUUGAUCUUAGCCGUCUAUGAGGAGGAUCUCCAUAACCCUAUGUGGGCACCUCCUGGUGGUUACGGGAUUGACCCACAUCACGUUGUCCUCAAGAAAGACUAUGACCAGACUCAAGGUCGUGUCACGCCUUACAUGAUCUACUUGGAUCACCAAAAUGGCCAUGUAGUGUUGGCUAUUAGGGGUCUUAACUUGGCUAAGGAGAGUGAUUACGCUGUUCUGCUUGAUAACAAACUUGGCCAGACUAAGUUUGAUGGAGGUUAUGUACACAACGGGCUGUUGAAGGCGGCCAUGUGGGUUUUUGAGGAGGAGCAUGAGGUUUUAAAGAAACUACUCGACGAAAACCCGGGUUAUUCCCUGACGUUUGUUGGGCACUCGCUAGGUGCAGGGGUUGUGUCUUUGCUGGUCUUGUUUGUGGUUCAGAACCGGGAUAGGUUAGGGAACAUAGAGAGAAAGAGGAUAAGAUGCUUUGCUAUUGCUCCUCCAAGGUGCAUGUCUCUCCAUCUAGCAGUGACAUAUGCCGAUGUCAUAAACUCUGUUGUUCUACAGGAUGAUUUCUUACCUCGGACAACUACAGCUCUGGAGGAUGUCUUCAAGUCAAUCAUCUGCUUGCCAUGCGUAUUAUGCCUCACAUGUUUGAAAGAUACAUUCACGUUCGAGGAGAAAAAGCUUAAAGAUACCAGGCGGCUAUAUGCCCCUGGUAGGUUAUACCACAUUGUUGUGCGCAAGCCCUUGAGAUUGGGAAGAUUUCCUCCGGUUGUGAGAACAGCUGUCCCAGUUGAUGGGAGAUUUGAGCAGAUAGUUCUCUCCUGUAAUGCAACAGCAGAUCACGCCAUCAUCUGGAUUCAAAGGGAAUCACAGAUAGCUCUCGAUUUAAUGCUGGAAGAGGACCGAGUAAUGCAGAUUCCGGUGGAGCAGAGAAUUGUGCGCCAGAAAUCGAUUGUUGAGGAUCAUGACGAAGAAUACAGAGCGGCUAUAAUGAAGGCGGCUUCUCUGAACAUCCCCAUGUCUCCAUCACCGUCGUAUGGAACAUUCCAUGAUCCAGAAGAAGGAGAAAGCUCUGCAGGAUCAGGCGUCGAAGGAUCCCCGUCUCCGUGGUCCUUCAAAGGAAUGAGAAGAAAUUGGAAUCGAUUCAUAGAUCGAUAUUUUCCUGUGGAUGACAACAGUGGACAUAUGAUCUUCAAGAAAGAGGAAUCUUCAGCUUUGUUGUGUAGGUAAGAGCAUGAAUUCUUGUUAUAGGUGUACAUGUAGAAUGUAGAUUCCUAGAAUCAUAGAGGCAAAUUAGAUGAAAAAUCAUUAUUGAGAGAUUGAGAAUUUAUUUUCUUCACUAAAUCCGAGAUGUGAAGCAUCAUCUCUUUUUCUUCACAAAAAUAAUUUUUGUUCGGUUGCUUUCUAGCAAUUGCUUGUGAAAUCUCAGUGGACAUAACAUUAAUGUUGUUAUAUAUAUAUACACUAUCCAUUUUA